GGUGGGGACACACCAGGACCACGCUGCUUGGAAGUGAAGUUUCUUUGGAGGGGACUGUUUCCCCAUUUCUGCAGCUCCUGACACAGGACGCCGUAGCAGCAGCAAGGUCGUCUGGGCUCCUCUGAUGGCAGGGGUCCUGGGACAGCGACCAGGGAAUGAAGAAUCCUGAGGGGGGACAUGGAGCUGCUGCCAGGCUGGGGGCCCCCCACCUGGUGCCCAGUGCCCAAGGCCGACGCCCUGAGUCUGGCCUUGUACUUCCUGCUCCUGGGGUCCCCCCACUGCACCCAGGCGGUACCUGUAUGCAAAGAGGAGGAGUUCCCCGUGAGGAGCCAGUGCUGCCCCAAGUGUAGCCCAGGUUACCACGUGAAGGAGGCCUGUGGGGAGUUCACGGGCACACUGUGUGUUCCCUGCACUGCGGGGACCUACACCGCCCACCUCAACGGCCUGAGUGAGUGUCUGCAGUGCCGAGUCUGUGACCCAGCAAUGGGCCUGGUGACCCGGCAGAAGUGCUCCAGCACAAAGAACACUGUGUGCAGCUGCGACCAAGGCCACUUCUGCGUGAGAGAGGAUGGGGACGACUGUGCCGAGUGCAGGCCCCACAGUGUCUGCAGGCCAGGCCAGAGGCUGCAGGAAAGAGGCACCGAGUGGCAGGACACGGUGUGUGCAGACUGCCUGCCCGGGACUUUCUCUCCCAAUGGGAGUCUGGCGGAGUGUCAGCUAUGGACCAAGUGCAGCAGCCUGCUGCAGGUGGAAUCAGGCCCCGGGACCAGCAGCACAGAUGCCAUCUGCUCCUUCUGGCCACUUUGGGUCCUAUUGGCUGUCAUCCUUCUCAUUGCCAUUCUUGGGCUCUUUUUCUUGUUCACGGUGACGAAAUACAGAAAGUUACUUGGAAGAUGCACCCAAAUGAUAUACUUUCCUCAGAGUAACAGACGGAGGGCAGAAGAAGACGCCCCAGCUGUCCAGGUCCUGCAGGUCUCACAGCCCCUGCCAGACGUCACCACAGAGGCCGUGGAGGAGACAACAUCCAUGUCCCUUAAGAGGGACCAACCAGCUGAUAAAUGGCCCCAGAAUGCACAUGACUGAGCCAUCUCCACUGCACCUGAUAAAAGCUGCCAGGCCCCCGAGGACCAAAUGUGGGGACCAGGGAGCUGGUGGGACCCACUCCUGGAUGCCUUAGCCUCCACCCAGCAGAGGAAGAGACCAGUUACUGCUCAGAAGGCUUUGGGGACCCCACACACCUCCUCAUCAAACGCAUGAGAUGCCUUAAACUUUCCUUCACCUGUGUGCUCACUGGCACCCUGAGGACUCACCCACGUGAGCCUCUUGACUCUGGGCCGCCUGCUCACUGCAGGAUGGGCCUGCGGCCACCUACCUCCUGGGGCUGGGACUGGGCUGAAGGGCCAUGAACGUGACAUUAUGUACCUGCCACGCUGCACAGAGAACUGACGCAUUCCUGGCUGAAAAAUGAGUCCCUGUCUCGGUGGCGUUGGCCCUCACCUGCACAGGUGAGCCCAACAGCGUUCAGGACCUGCCAGCCAGGACAAGCACCAGGAGGCUGGCAACCUCCAUCCCUCUGGCAGGCAAAGAAAAAAACCCGUGAGACGUCUCCUACACAGUAAAGAACUGGGCAUUUCUGCUCCAAGGGCAUUUAAGGAUCUGGGCAGCGGCAGGGGAGGGCCCGGGCAGCUCCACUUCAUUCCAGACGCUCAGGAGCAAGGCCGAGAGGUGAGCCCUGAGGUCUGGGGUUGAUCCAGUGCCUUCGCCCACCCCCAUUAGACCUACCCCAACCUAGAAGGAAUGGGGACCCUUGUCCCCUAAGGGGUCAUGCACUGGUUGAGGUGCACUGGGACUUGAUGGUGACUCCUGGCUGCCCAAGCUUGCAUCCUUCAGGGCUUGGGGAGAAGGCACUGUGCUGGCCAAGGUGGCUGUGGGCAGGCGAGAAAGCAACUUAUGUGAACUUGGACAUGACUCUCCGGUUGGAUACUGGAUGGACGGGGUGUUGUGGGGACACUUUGGGGCCCAUACACACUGAGUGGGCAGAGAGGUGUUGAGUUGUGAGCGCCACCCUUGGAUGUGAGGACCCGUUUCCCAUGCCCUGGCUCUGGGACUCUCACUUCUCCAAGGAGCCCUGGUUGUUUUGAUGGAGGAUGGUUUGGGAAGCCACCGUGUGCAGCCUAGAGUACUCACUGUCACUGGGAUGUCAUGCUUUGAGGGUUUCUUGGUGGGCACAGUAGGGAAUGUGGAUCACAAAGUGGUUGAAGGCUGUCUUGUGAGACAAAUCAGGGACAAUUUUAGCACCAAAAGAAAUGACGAUAGCCAUGGAUGAGAUCCAUUGAAGAAAGUGAGAAACCACGAGUGAACUAACUACAGUGGAGAGCAAACUGUGUCACCCUUGGGUGUCUCUCCAGUAGUCACUGUCCAGGUAAUUCAUCGAUGGGUGACACUGAUGGCUAUUUUCAAAGCAUCUUGCCAAAAUAUACUUUGUUUUAGAUGAA